AUGACUGACCCCAAAAAAAGCGCAAGUGAGCCUCUAGCACAAAGAGCUGUCUCGGAGCAGCCUGCCCAAGAACCUUCCCAGUUGACCAUCGAAAAUGUUGCGGAGUUGGGAUUUGACAAUGAACUGAUUCGUUUUGCUGUCUUUCAUACGAAUGGAUCUAUUUGGGAGGCUACCGACGUGCUUUUAAGGUUCGAAAGUCGACCAGAUAAGGGGAAUUUAGUGGGACUUCUUGAAUUCGCCCUUUGGAUUGCAGAAAAUGACCGGAUCAAAGCUUUGAAAAUUCUUGCCACUUUCCGUUCUGGUACUCUAGCUCAAUCUGAUAUGCAAGGAACUGCCACAUCAAUCAAAGGCAUUGAGAAAAGCAGCAAUGAGACGACGCAGAAGCCGUCCACUUUAGAGGGAGCUGUGGAUGGAGGUAACAGUCAAAGCAAGGAGGUUGCUGAAAAUGCAGAGGGGGCGUCGAAUAUUGCGAAUGCCGUCGAAGAAGCCAAAGCUACGCUACCAUCAAACAAGUCGGCAAGUAUUGUCAGAUCUAGGGAAGCUCCAACUUCAUGUUGGUCGCCGGGUCUUCAGUCUCACGAAAGUAAUCGCAAACAACUUGCAUCGUCGUGGAAACGUGAUACUAGGAGUGCCGCGCGCUUCACUGUACAAAAAACGACGACGAUUGAGAAACAGCACAUUCGAAUGAGCAAUAAUAUCUCGGACAAUGAAACCCAGAGGGCCACAGAUUCGACCGAAAGCAAAAGAAAGAUGGGCGAAUCAACGGCACAGACAGGAACCAUCAUUGCGAGGCCAACAGUGUCAAGCCAUAAUCAAAGCAAAGCAUUCACAGCGGCUAUAAAGGAAGAAGCAGUUGACGACGAAACGGCCACAAACAACUCGGAAAAGGAUGCUGCUGGUAGCGGCAUCAAGCGCAAGUUGGAAAUUAUUGAAAUUUCUGAUGAUGAUGGUGAUGAUGGUGGAGCCGACGUCGAUAGACAUGAUUCGUUCCAGUUGAAGGAAGAGAUUAAUGCUGUAGAAAACAUUGCUGUAGAUGAUGCUUCCACCAAGGGCGACUCUGUUGCUGACGAGGCUUCAUAUCAAAGUUCCUACGAUUCUACGAACGAGCAAAAACCAAACCUUUCGCCUCUCGUGAAUGAAGGGGCAUGGCGGACUGAGACGAUGGCAUGGGCAGACGAGCUGUUUCAGAAAUCUAAAUCACAUUUAAAAGUCUCUGGGACAUCAGAUCCUCCACAUCAUGCAGCGUGUUUCAAAAGAGGUCUUCAGGAGAAAAGAACGCUAGCAAUCAUUCGCAAAAGUCUCUUGGAGCUUGAAAGUAAGGCAUUCCCGGACUUGACAAAAUGCAUUCUAGAGGGAGCAGUGGCAUCUGCGACAAUAGAGUUGAAAUAUGGAUGCUCGCAUUGCUCAAUGAAUCAUACAUGGCUGCUGAUUCUGGACGAGGUGGUCGUCUUGCUCAUUUCAAAUCAUAUGCCACCCAAACAAGGCAUACUAGCUCUAGAAGCGAAAUGUUUAUCGGAUGAUAGCUGCUUCACAAAAAGCAAGCUUUGUGGCAACGAGGCAUGUAGACGCCCAUCUCACGUCGUUGGAGAAAGCGAAGAAGCCUCAAGUUCUCGCAGAAAGUGUCAAGCUAGCCGAAAAAGUGUAUUUCGAAGUGGUCAAGUCCCAAAAGACAAAUGCGUCAAUGGUGAUAGACAUGACCCAGAGUGCAUGAGAGACUUAACAAUUUCUGAUGAAGCAAGCUACAGAGCAUGUAAAGCUCACAACUGGAAAGGAUGGCAGGAACGGCCUGUAAUCAAGGUGGCAUGCGGUCAAAAGUUUGACAAGAAGCAAAAACUAGCAAACAUGUAG